AUGGAUGGUCUCUCGGGCGCAGCGAGUGUUAUCGCAGUUGUCCAGUUAACCGAAAGUAUCGUCAAAGUAUGUGGAAAAUAUCUGAAAAAUGUCAAGAACGCGACGCAGGAUAUUCAGCGCAUCCAAGAGAAGACCGCCACCCUUGCUCGAGUUCUUCAAUCUCUCGAUGACUUGACGGGUCAAUCCAACGGCAACAAACUUACUACUACGCACGAUCUGGUCUACAAUAUUGCAAAAUGCUCUUCAACACUUGCAAAUUUGAAAGAAAAGAUCGAUCUGAAACCGGGGCAAAAGGCAAUAAGCAAAUUGGGACUUCGGGCCUUCAAAUGGCCGCUGACACGGUCGGAGGUAGAUGAUGCUAUCAUGGAGCUUGAGUCGUACAAAACAACAUUCAGUUUGUCCUUGCAGGUUGAUCAAAUGAUAUCUACCAACUCGAUCCAUCAAAAGAUAGACCUUAGCAAGCUACAGACAGCAAAAGGAGCAACGCACGACUCCUACGAUAAUCAACACAGUGAAUGUCUCCACGGAACCCGAAUUGAUCUACUUCAAGAAAUCGACGCGUGGGCAAAAUCGCCGCACGGAAAAUGCAUAUUCUGGUUGAACGGUAUGGCGGGGACCGGGAAAUCAACAAUAUCCCGAACAGUUGCAAACCGCCUUAAACAGCAACAGCUUCUCGGGGCGAGUUUCUUCUUCAAGAGAGGCGAAGAAGAUCGAGGACCAGCAAAAAAGCUUUUUCCAACAUUGACCGAGCAACUAGUCCUCGGAAUACCUCAAAUGCUACCUCAAGUUCAAAAAGCAAUUGACGAGGAUCCUGAUAUUUCACAGAAAGUGCUAAGAGAACAAUUUGAAAAGCUUCUACUCAAUCCACUACUUCAAAUUGAACCUCAACAAGGGACAAUAAGCAGAGUAAUCGUGAUUGAUGCUCUGGAUGAAUGUGAUUUGGAAGAUGACAUAGAGAUCAUUCUCCGGCUCUUGCCACAAGUUCAAAAAUCGACUUCCGUGCAACUUCGGCUUUUAUUAACAAGCAGACCCGAGUUGCCAAUUAAGCUGGGGUUUAAUAAGAUCACCGAUGACCAUCAGGAUUUGGUCCUCCAUGAGAUGGCAAAGCCAGUGAUAGAGCAUGAUAUAUCCUUAUAUUUUGAGGAUCAAUUACUACGCCUCAAACAGAGGAGCUCAUUUCCACCAGACUGGCCCGGAAAAGAAGCUACUAGGGAACUGGUUGAUAGGGCCGUCCCUUUAUUCAUUGCGGCCGUUACCUUAUGCCGUUUCAUUAGUGAUCCGAAUUGGGACCCUCGAAAGCGACUUGCAGCGAUACUGAAAGAUGAAUCAACCUACGUAUCAAAAAUGCACAGCACAUAUAUUCCUGUCCUAAACCAACUCCUCACUGGCCAGGAUAAAACGGAGUCACAGCAAUUACUCAAUGAUUUCAAGGAGAUAGUCGGGGUAAUAAUCAUUUUGGCCACCCCGCUCUCGAUCAAUUCCCUUAGCCAGCUAGUGGGAAGAGAGUCAGACGAUGUCAAACGUCGAUUAAACCAGCUUCACUCCGUCCUCACAGUACCAAACAAUUCCGACGAACCCGUUAGGCUUCUCCAUCUAUCAUUUCGAGAUUUCUUUUUAGGUGAAACCGAAAACAAUACCAAAUUUUGGAUCAAUUCGAAAGAUGCAAACCAACGUCUUGCAGCAGGAUGCCUUCGGAUCAUGCAGAAUAACCUGAAGAAAAAUAUCUCCAAUCUUCCAAGCGAGGGAACAGAAUACAAUGAGAUCAGCCAAUAUUCGAUCCGGAACACCAUACAUGCGGAACUGCGAUACGCCUGUCGAUACUGGGUACAUCAUCUGGUACAAUGCUCGGAUUUGGCCAGAAUAAUAGACGAUAGUUUCUUGUUUCUUAAGACGCAUUUUUUGCACUGGGUAGAAGCACUCAGCCUAUUGCGCUUUACGUCGGAAAUACUAGGUAUUCUUGAUCAGCUCCAAACGGCCAUUUCGGGCAACGAGGGCUCCAAAAUGCGCUUUAUUCUUAAAAACCGACAAAUAGUUGAUCUAGCGCCACUUCAGGUUUAUUGUGCAGGACUUAUAUUUGCCCCCCGAACGGCAAUAUUCCGUGAAAUGUUUAAAGAAGACAUUCCGAAAUGGAUAUGCCAGUUACCACGAGUUGAAGAAAGAUGGGGUGCGCUCACUCAGACGCUUGAAGGCCAUACGGAUGCCGUGGCGUCGGUAGCCUUCUCGCCCGACGGCCGCCGGCUAGCGUCCGGCUCUUAUGAUCGGACAGUCCGCGUCUGGGACGCGGCGACGGGCGCGCUCACGCAGACCCUUGAGGGCCACUUGAAUUUGGUGUUAUCGGUGGCCUUCUCGCCCGACGGCCGCCGGCUAGCGUCCGGCUCUUAUGACCGGACAGUCCGCGUCUGGGACGCGGCGACGGGCGCGCUGACCCAAACUUGGAAGUUGGAAGAUAGCGUCACUACAAUCGAAUUUUCCCACGACAGUUUACAUGUCCACACCGAUUUGGGUACAUUUGAAAUUGAAGACAGGCAUGAUAAUGCUACAUUUCCUCAGCUUCAUGCAAAUAUGGGUAUAUGUAUUGAGCAGAGACAAUGGAUAAGAUUGAAUGGCAAGAGGGUUCUUUGGCUUCCUGUUGAGUUUCGACCCCACUGUUCCAAGAUCAAUGGAGAUUUACUUGCUCUGGGACAAGAAUCAGGAAGGGUUUCCGUGAUCGGAUUUUCUAUGUAG